CUGUUGAACCAAAUUGUCAACCACGAAGGUGAGAACAACUGAACGACAGUAGAAGAUUCAAAAAUUUCAUCUAUAGGUAUGGCUUUGAUACCACAUCAAAGUUUGGUUGAAUGAUCUUCCCCAUUCGGUAUACAUUGCAUUAUAUAGAUGGAUAUCUUCCCCAUUUGGUAUGCAUUGCAUUUUAUAGAUGGAUAUUACAAACGUAUAUGGUAAUAUGAUACAAUUUUUGAUAAACUGUAAUUACUACUUGGUCACAACAAUUAUUUUUGCAUUCUAUUUUCAUAUCCCUUUGGCAUUAAAACAAUGUUUUUACUUAUAUGCAGGGUUAUCUUGAUCCAGAAUACUUUUUGACCCACAAGUUAACGGAAAAAAGCGAUGUUUAUAGCCUUGGUGUAGUAUUUCUAGAACUCUUAUCAGGGAGGCAACCUAUAUCUCAUGGACGGAACCUUGUGAGAGAGGUUAACAUGGCAUGUCAAUCUGGAAUGAUGUUUUCCAUCAUAGACGAGAGUAUGGGGCCAUAUCCUUCAGAGUGUAUAAAGAAAUUUAUGCAAUUGGCCAUCAUGUGUUCUCAAAAUGAAAUGAAGGGUAGACCUUCUAUGUUGGAAGUGGUGAGAGAGCUCGAAAACAUAUCUUCAGCACUUCUAGAAUGUGACAACACUACAUUGGAGUUAAACUUAAAUACCAUAACUUCUGAAUCCUCACCCUCAGCAUCAGCCCCAUCAUCUUCAAUCUAUUCUAAAACUCGUACUUAUGUCUCCAACAAUCUCCCUGGAAGUAACCUUGUUAGUGACUUUUUCCCUACCAUCAAUCCUCGUUGACUAGUUCAAUAAUGAUCAUAGAUCAGUUGCACUCUUAAACUAUCACUGUUUGAAAGAUACACUAUUUCUUUUCAUUUAAUUUAAAAUUUUCCACAUGGAUCUUAGCUUGUAAACUUUAACAAUGCCUUUGGGUUAAAGAAAAUGCUGCUGUAAUUUUACUUUUAUUAUGUCCUUUCUAUUUUCA